AUGGCGACAACGGCGGCGAAGAUUCUGUUGAUGGCGGCGGAGACCAGCGGCAGGAGGUCGCAGGCGACGGAGGAGACGAUCCGGAGACCUCGCGUCGGCAAAGCUGGACAUGCGCGGGCGAAGGGUUUCGGAGAAAAUUUCCAAAAUUCGACCCAUGGGGGCGGGGCCCCACUCGUCAUAGGCCCACAGGGGCCUAGCGGAUCGGGAGUGCGGGCGACGGGCGCCAGCCGGAAUGGGCGCCCGCCCAGGCCAACAGGGGGAAACGGCGACGGCGUCAGCCGGGCGCCGAAGCGGCACGGUGAGUGGGCGGCGGCCCGGCGAGCUGGUGGGGGGUGCUCCGAGCACGGCCGUGGCCGGAGCGGCGCGAGGCCGGCCGGUGGGCUGCAGAGACCGGGCGCCUGGACGCGGCCGGAGCGCGGCCACGGCGGACAACGGGAGGGGACGGCGAGCAGGACCGCGCGCAGGGAGCAGCAGUCGGGGACCGGGGGGGCCAGGGCGCGCGCGUGCGUGCGCGGCCGUGGGCUUGCGCGCACGAGAACAUGGGAAGGAGGAGGAGGAGCGGAGCUCACGGGGCCGGUAGGGGGAAAGGCAGCGGGGGUCGGGGAGGAGUCGGGGUCGACGGUGACGAAGAGGAGGCAGGCCCUCGAGGUGGGUCGACGAGGUGGCCGCGGCGGUGGCGGGUGGCGAUGCGGACGGAACGGCGUCUGCGGGAAGGAGGUCGAGGAGGCGAGCGCCAGCAUGGUGGCGAAGGGGGCGAUGCCGACGAUGCUGGCGAGUGGCGCCGGGGCGCUCCGGUGGGGAGGUGGCGCCGGCGAGGUGGUGGUGGGACGAGGCGGCGAUGGGGGGGCACCGACGGCGUCGGGGGCGGGGCGAACAGCAGCGAGCUGCGCUGCCCCGAUCUCUGGAUCGGGAUGA